UGCUAGGCCAACCAAUUGGUGCAAUUAGAGUGGGAUACGCUCACCCUAUGUCUGUGAUAGAUCAACAGUCAUGCUAGACCCUGCAAUUCGACUGGAACUGUCCGACUAGACCCCUCCAAGUAAAAGCUAUAGUUUCGUGACUUCGGCAAAUGGAUUCGGUGCCUGGCCUACCAUCCAACCCACCUCUUGUCAUUCUCCCCCAAUUUCAGGCAGUUGCGACAGUCGCAAUUAUUGUCGCAGUCAAACCGUCGUGCCUGCGUAAACACUUUUCAUCGACGUGUACUAAUAGAGGUUGACUGGUUUUCCAAACACGUAUCCCAAUGGCCGAAGAAACCACAGAGCCCGUUCAGGAGCAGAUCAAGAUCUCCAUCUUCACGCCCAUAAUCUAUGUGGCCGUGUUGGUGUCCAUUUUCGUCACGUUUUCCGUGGUCUACAGAAGAAGGGCAUUGAAGAAGUUGACCAAGGUGGAACCCAUUUUCCCCGAGAACCACACAGCCACGUUGUACGAGUACUUGAAGGUCCAGUACCAGAACCCCGACAUUCCCAAGGACCAGAAGCCCCACGAGAAGGUGAUGAAGGCCGCUCUCUUGAGAAGAGCCGUGGAGGCCAUCCGCAGAUCGAUGAAGCUCAAGGAAAACGAGCCUGUGUACACCAAGUUGUACCAGGACGGAUUGGUGGGAGACGAGGUGUUCCAGCAGUACCAAAUCCAAACCAAGUUCCAGGAGUUGGAGCUCAAGGACAUUGUUCAAGAGACCGAGUCUUACAAGAAGGGCUGGGUCCAGACCUUCUUUCCUGUGGCCCAGGAGAUUUGCUUCAACGAGGCCUUGAGGAGAAGAUUGUAUGCAUUGGACGACAGGGCCAAGACCUUGUCCCACAUGUGGGAGCAUUACGUGGCCAAGACCGAGGAGGUGAAUGAGAAGGAGAAAGAAGUGAAAGAGGUCAAGGACGUGAAGCAAACGAAGGAGUCCAAGCCUGAGGAGGAGCCCAAGGUACUUGCUGAGUCCAAGCCUGAAUAGAGUAGUAUAGUAUAGCCACGCAUACGUAACGAACAGCCGAAACUGUAGAGUUGUAGAGGUUAUUCCCUGGCCAACACAGGCGUAACCAUGGCUAAAACGCCUCUGCUGAGAGACCUCCCCACCCUCCCUUUUCUAGCAGGACUU